AUGUCUGAAAAACAAGGAGACUCCAUUUUUGGCGCAGUCACAUCGCAUGGACAAGCAAGUUCUACAGAAUUACAUAAUUUGGGUAGUUUACGCUCGGUGCGCUCCAAGACAGGUGCUGGGGUUGUCAACUACAUCAACGCAGCAUCUGCACAAGAUGAUAAACAACUAUUAGCUGAAAUUGGAUAUAAACAGGAGUUGAGACGUCAGUUUUCGACACUACAAGUAUUCGGUAUUGCUUUCUCAAUCAUGGGCCUUUUACCAUCCAUUGCUUCUGUCAUGGGUGGUGGGAUAACUGGCGGACCUGUUACACUUGUUUGGGGUUGGUUCAUCGCAGGUCUUUUUAUAUUUGCUAUAGGGGCAACUAUGGCCGAGAAUGCGAGUGCGAUCCCCACAGCCGGAGGUCUAUAUUAUUGGACCUACCAUUAUGCACCCAAACGUUUCAAGAACUUUUUUUCAUUUGUCAUUGGGUGCUCCAAUACUCUCGCCCUUGUAGCAGGUCUCUGUUCCAUCAAUUAUGGAUUGUCAGAAGAAAUCAUGGCAGCAGUUCUUAUCACCAAGAAUGGAAAUUUCGAUUAUAGCAGAGGUAAACUAUACGCGGUGUUUAUAGCAGCUAUUCUAGCUAUGGUAUUAUGCACUUGCCUAGCUUCAUCUGUGAUCUCACGCUUACAGACACUUUCAAUUGUUUCAAAUUGUUUCAUUAUUAUUUUACUCUUUAUUGCCUUGCCAAUCGGCACAAAAAAAAAUAGAGGUUACUUCAAUAAUGGAUCAUUCAUUUUCGGCAAGUUCGAGAACAUGAGCGACUGGAGUAAUGGUUGGCAGUUUUGUCUUCAGGGAUUUAUGACAUGUGUCUGGACCAUUGCAGGGUUUGAUUCAUGUGUUCACCAAUCUGAAGAGGCUAAAGACGCGAAAAAAGCUGUUCCUAUUGGAAUUUUGGCUUCUAUUGGUGCGUGUUGGAUCCUUGGUUGGUUGAUCCUUGUAGUACUUAUGGCCUGUGUUGACCCAGAUUUAGAGAAUAUUGUCGAGUCUCCAUAUGGCUUUGCGCUGGCUCAAAUCAUUUUUGAUAGCCUUGGAAAGAAGUGGGCCAUUGCGUUUAUGGCGUUGAUAGCCUUUUGUCAAUUUUUGAUGGGUGCAUCUAUUUUAACAGCAGUUUCACGACAAAUUUGGGCUUUUGCUCGUGACGAUGGACUGCCGUUCUCCAAUUACAUCAAAAUUGUUGAUAAGCGAUUUUCUGUGCCUUUUGUAGCAGUAUGUUUUGGGGGGUUCUGUGGCUUGAUAUUGGGUCUACUUUGCCUAAUAGAUAACGCUGCUGCUGGGGCUUUGUUCAGUUUAGGGGUAGCAGGUAAUUACAUCGCUUGGAGCACCCCUACUUUACUCAGAUUAACAUCGGGUAGAGAUGUUUUUAAGCCUGGUCCGUUUUACAUGGGGAAGUUUUGGUCUCCCAUAAUCAAUUGGAUAAGCGUACUAUUUCAAUAUUUUAUUAUAAUAUUGGUUAUGUUUCCAUCUUCACGCCACGGGAUUACGAAAGAAACCAUGAAUUAUACUUGUGUCAUUGGUCCAGGAAUCUGGCUACUCUCCUCUGCGUAUUACAUGGUUUAUAAGAGGAAGUUUUUCCAUGGUCCAAAAUCAAAUUUGAGUGACACUGAGUAUGUCGACGCUGUUGGAUCCAACAUCAUUGAAGAAAUUUUGUCAGAAUCCGGGAAGGGUGUGUGA